GAUUCGCGCGUGAUCUGUCGGAAGUGACGCGUGUUCACGAAAACACCGAUUUAUUUCUUGCAACAGGACCUGAAACUGAAACGGAGUUCAAUCUCAAACAAAAUCUUUCCAGAGAAGCUUUCUACGGACGGUCGAACUGAAAUCGAGAAAUGGCACAGAACAGAGAUGGUUACACUCGCUUUGAGAACCCAGCAGCAGAUGACAUCAGCACGGAUCAGACUCCGCCCAUAGGGUUUGUGAUGCCCCCCGCUUAUGAUGCUGGGGUACCGACCUCCGCACCGCCGUAUCCUCCACCUACUGCUUUUGGGAAUCCCAUGUAUGGCCAGAGCGGUCCUGGAUAUCCACAAACACCGUAUCCUCCAGCGGCUCCUUACACGCAUGCUUCAUACGUGAUCGAGCCCGUGCAGAUGGACCCGCCUCCAGACUAUGACACAGAGAAAUUCGCCGCCUCAGGACUGGACGACAAAACCGUGCGCAGGCUGUUUAUUCGAAAGGUGUUUGCAGUAUUGAGUCUGCAGCUGUUGGUCACCUGUGCCGUGGUGGCCGUCUUCACGUUCGAGCCGCAUGUCAAACUCUUCGUGCAGGUGAACGCCUGGACGUACUGGGUCGGUUAUCUGGUCUUCCUGGUGCCGUACUUCAUCCUCGUGUGCUGCAGUCAGUUUCGCCGAAAACAUCCGUGGAAUCUCAUUGCUUUGACCGUGUUGACUCUGGCCAUGAGCUACAUGACAGGAGUGAUAUCCAGCUUCUAUGAUACAGACAUUGUCAUCAUGGCUGUCGGCAUCACAGGGUUGGUUUGCUGUACAGUGAUGGUCUUCUCUCUUCAGACCCGGUUUGACUUCACUUCCUGUUAUGGCGUGCUCUGCGUGUGCACCACCGUGUUCUUCUUCUUUGGUAUCCUCUGCAUUUUCCUUUACAGCAGGAUUAUGGAUCUGAUCUACUCGGCUCUGGGCGCUCUGCUCUUCACCUGCUUCUUGGCUGUAGACACACAGCUGCUUCUUGGGAAUAAGAAAGUGUCUCUGAAUCCUGAGGAAUACAUCUUCGCGACACUCAGCCUCUAUCUGGACAUCAUCUACAUCUUUUUAUACAUUCUGCGUAUUGCGGGAAGAGUUCGCAGUUAAAAUAGCAUUAUUUUUGUGAGUUUAAUGGGUUAGUGUCAACGGUCAGUCUCUGCGUAUACUGUAGUCAAAAUAUGAGGGAUUCCUUUGAAAAUAAGCCAAAACAUGACCGUGUAUUGGGAAACCUGGGUUUCGUUUGAAAAUACAAAAAGGCAUAAAAUUCCUUUUUUUUACUUUUUAAAAUUCAGUAGUUUUAUUAUGAAUAAUAUUUUGUUGAUUUUCUCUUGUUUUUGACUGCAGCGGUCACUCACCUGAUUCUCGCCUCGUGUGUUCCCUUUUGCCAAACCUUCUUAAAUUCUUCUCAACUACACAACACACAUACAACAUCUUGAAUAAUAUAUUUGAAGAAAGGAUGAAGACGUCUAUGUUUCAUAUUGAACAUCACUUAGGCCUCUAGAUGUUUUAUUACACACUUCAUUUACAUUUACGUAUUUGGCGGAUGCUUUUAUCCAAAGCGACUUACAUUGCAUUAUACUACACAUUAGUGUACACACUUCAUCUUUAACAGUUAAGUGUUUAUAUGUUUAUUCUCUCGUUUACGCAUUUGCAUGCUUUCUUGAAUUAUAACGUACUGUUUUUGAUACUUUUGCAAGAAUUGGUAACGUGCAGGAUUUUCUUUUGUUUCUUUUUUUUUUGGACUGUUUUUGGUCUUUUUCUCCAACGCAUCUAUUACCUGCAGUUGUGCAAAGAUGAUUGUUAAUUGAAUUAUAAUUUAGCAUUUUUAAUGAUUGUGAUUUGAUUUUGUAUAAUCAUGAGCUUAUUCAUUAUUCUAUAUUACAGAUCCUUGAUAUGUUGUUUUUAUACAUUAUUAUUACUUUAUGGUGGAUUAAAGGUUUUUUU